AUGCAUUUGUACGACCUGCGAGGGAAAGUAGCAGUAAUAACAGGAGCUGCUCAGGGCCUGGGGUUCGCCUUCGCGGAGGCUUUGGCGUCGGCAGGCUGCGACAUUGCGGUACUAGACAUCCAUUCCGAGGCACCUUUAGCAGUGAUCGAUUUGCAGGCCAAGCAUAGCAUUGUGUCCAGAUACUACAAGACGGACGUGACAUCUCUGGAGGACGUCACGAAGACGGUAUCGCACAUCGUUCGAGACUUCCACAGAAUUGACAUCAACAUAAAUGCGGCUGGUGUGGCGGUCGACGAACCCUUUCUGACGACGUCGACACAAACCGUCCAGAAGACCUUCGCGGUGAACGUCAACGGGUCUUUCUUCGUCGCUCAAGCAUGUGGCAACGCGAUGGUCGACCGCUACAAAGUCGAGCACGGUGAUGCACCCGCAACACAGGCGACAACAGGCAGCAUCGUUUUCAUCGCCAGCAUCGCCACAUAUAUGGCCAGCUCCGCACAGCAGAUCUCGUGCUACACUGCAUCGAAGGCGGCAAUCAGGGGAAUGGUGAAGCCUGUGGCCAUGGAGCUGUCCAGAUAUGGCAUUCGCGUCAAUAGCCUCAGCCCAGGCUAUAUGAUGACGGACAUGAUGCGAGGGUUGCAACGGGCGCAGCCUACCCUCGUAAACCAGUUCGAGAAAGAGACAUUGUUCGGUCGGAUCGGUCUUCCCGAGGAGCUUCAGGGAGCGAUCUUGUGGUUGUGUUCCGACCGUGCUAGUGGAUGGUAUACGGGGCAGGACUUGCUUGUCGAUGGUGGUGCAACUUCGUGGAAGCAUCCAGCGGUGCUGACUUAA